ACUGCCUGGGACGUAGAGAGCAAAAAAUAGCAGCAAGGAGAUGCGGGCGGCGAGCGCAGCGCGCCACUCACACAUUUGGCAAAAUGCCCUUGUAGUCUACUUCUCUCACCCUCGAGCUACUCUGCAGCCCUCACUAGCACUAAUAAUUGAAUUCAGCAGACACAACCAAAAAGGUGACAGAGUUACUGGAAGGUAUGGCGAGAAGCAAUGAGGUACAUUUGGUGAAAAUGGUAUUUGCAAACAUAUGCGAAAUCUGAGUUUUCAGUCGUGAUGCUAAAUCAACAACCUCGAGCGGGAGGAAAUUGACUCUACAGACACGCGCGAGCUCUUCUCAGCGUCCAAGCCUGAUGGUGAUUGCAACCGAGGUUCCCGUGGCAGGGCCGAGGCUGAGCAGGUAUGCUCUUGGGGGAGUGUAGAUGUACCAGUAGGCUACUGGAGGCUCUAUGUGGCAGGAGGAGGGUGAGGGUGUCGAUCAUGAAGCUUCCCUGCUCCUUCUACUGCUCCCUCUGGUUCCUCCUGCUCUUGGGGGCCGGGUCUUUACUCCUCCUCGUACACCUCCAAGACCUCUCAGACAUGCUCCAACAGCAGACCCCAGGUGCAAAGUUGAUGGUUGGUCCAAGGUGGCCAAUUCCAAAGGAGCAGUCCUUUGACAGUGCAGUCGUUAUAGGCAUCAACCUGGGUGGAGGUUUCCAUGGAGCACCAGGGGUAGAGAUGUCCUCUAACGCCAGCCUCCCUACUCCUAGCCCCAGACAACCUCCCGCCUUCCAGUGGCUGCCCCACCCAGCCACCCCAACCUCUGGGGACCAGCAGGCCGUGAGCACCGGGCAACCCCUCACCAAACGCCACAGGAAGCUGCUGUUAAAGAGCGGGCCUGUAACCCCUAGUGGUGCCCGCUCUGGUGAAGAGGACAGUCGGCUACAGGGCCUGGCGCAAACCCAGGCGUCCCGUCGCCGCCUGCUCAGGGAGGUCUGCGCCAAAUACCAGCCGGGUGUCACCGAGCGCCCUGUGUCCCGCCGGCAGGUGUCCCGCGUCUACGUGGAGGACAGGUCAGGCCUGCUGUACUGUGAGGUGCCCAAAGCCGGCUGCUCCAACUGGAAACGGGUGCUGAUGGUCCUAGGCGGCAGCGCCACCUCCACGCACAUCAUCGCCCACGACGACGCCCACUACGCCAACCAGCUCCGCCGACUGGACGCCUUCGACCAGGCGGGCGUGGCCGAGCGCCUCCGUUCCUACACCAAGGUCCUCUUCGUACGGGAGCCCUUCGAGAGGCUGGUUUCGGCCUUCCGCGACAAGUUCGAGAGCCCCAACUCGUACUACCACCCGGUGUUCGGCCGGCCCAUCAUCUCCCGGUACCGGGCCAACGCCUCACGCUCCGCCCUGAGCACCGGCGCCGGGGUCACCUUCAGAGAGUUUGUCCAGUACCUGUUGGAUGUGAGGCGGCCCGUGGGCAUGGACAUCCACUGGGAGCCAGUCAGCCAGCUUUGCAGCCCCUGCCUGCUACGCAACGACUUCAUCGGGAAGUUCGAGAACCUGAAGGAGGAGGCCAACUUCCUGCUACGGAGCAUCGGGGCACCUAGAAACCUGACUUUCCCUGACUUUAAAGACAGGAACCCAAAGGCAGAAAGGACUUCCUCCUCCAUCACCCAGAGAUACUUUGAACAAUUGAACUCCACAGAAAGACAGAGGGCCUAUGACUUUUAUUACAUGGAUUAUCUGAUGUUUAACUACCCCAAGCCCUUUAAAGACCUGUACUGAGGUACUGGCUGGAUUGCCCGGUUGAGGUUAUUAAUAUGAACACUACGGAAGAGAUUAUUAUCCUGUGGGACUUGAAUAAGCACUACAGGCACAUUCAUGUCAAAUAUUAUUUUUUACAGGUCUUAUUUACAAAUGGCUAAAAUAAUGAUUUAAUGUAAUUACUUUGGACAUAGGUUGUAGGCCUACAGCUUUUUUGUCAUAAAGCUUUGUAUAGUGUGUCAAAUGCAUUUGCAUUGAUUGGCAGACCAGUGACUUCUAUGAAGUGACCUGUACUUUGGGUAAAGAAUGAGUGAUCUGUUAUUGUUAUUGUUUUUCAGCCUUGUUACGUGAAGGUAUACUUUUUGGUCCUCUUCAAUAAUGUGUAUUCUUAUUCUGCAGCCUAAGUUCAUGAAAAUAAGGAAAAGAGAGAGGCUAGAUAUACUCUCCCAGAGCAAAGGCUAGUGUUUGCAGAUACUGGAUAACGGAUUUCAUAGCUACUGCUUACUGAUGAGAAAUCAAAUUGAAUAUAAUUCAAUUUGAUUUCAAAACCACACUUGCUUUUAUUUCAUUUUUAUUUAACCAGGCAAGUCAGUUGAGGACCAAUUCUUAUUUACAAUGACUGCC